UAUGAUACACGCUUCAUUUUUACCUUUUAUUAUAUUCCAACGCAAGCAAACACAACAAAAAACACCUACAAUCUCCAGAAACAAUAUUGAUAAAGUGAGGUCGGAGCAGCCCAGAGCCACACCGCCCAUGCUCCUCCGUCAUCCCGCCUCCGUCAGCCCCGCCGUGGGGUCGAGGGCGCCCUGGAAACUCCACUGAACUCGGGAGCAACUUUAUGGUGGAAGAGGAGCUGGUGCGUCGAAGUUUUCUUUCGGAGAGCCUCGCCGUUUUUUUCAUUUUUUCAGACAGUCACUACCCUAAUGCGAUGAGAGAUUGCAGAACAUGUCUCUGAAAUGCGGAUUAUUUCAUCAUUUAGUGCUUUAUGGGUGCAGGUGAGAGCGUCGCGAGUGUUUUUGGGACUCGGCCGUCUUUUUGGACUCCGCAUCAGGUGGCCCUACGAGGUGAAAGGGAUUUAGGGACGUCGAGUCCAGACUCAAGAUGUUGGCCCGAAAAAGCAUCAUCCCGGAGGAGUUCGGACUACCGGGGCUCGCCUCUCGGAUGCCCCGCAAGCCGGUGUUCAGGGACCGGGUGAACAAAGCCCGCUUCAUCGCCAAGAACGGCUCCUGCAACUUGGCGCACAAGAACAUCCGCGAGCAGGGCCGCUUCCUGCAGGACGUGUUUACCACCCUGGUGGACCUGAAAUGGCGCUUCACCCUGGUGAUCUUCACCACCACGUUCGUGAGCAGCUGGCUGCUGUUCGCCAUGACCUGGUGGCUGGUGGCGUUCGGCCACGGGGAUCUGAACCAGGACCGUGCGAACCGGACCGAGUGCGUCACUAACGUCAAGUCGUUCUCCUCGGCCUUUCUGUUCUCCAUCGAGGUGCAGGUGACCAUCGGCUUCGGGGGCCGCAUGAUCACCGAGGAGUGCGGCACGGCCAUCGCGGUGCUCAUCAUCCAGAACAUCGUGGGGCUCAUCAUCAACGCCAUCAUGCUGGGCUGCAUCUUCAUGAAGACGGCGCAGUCCAACCGGCGCGCCGAGACGCUGAUCUUCAGCCGGCACGCCGUCAUCGCCGUGAGGAACAACCGGCUCUGCUUCAUGACGCGCAUCGGGGACCUCCGCAAGAGCAUGAUCAUAGGAGCCGCCGUGCGCCUGCAGGUGGUGAAGAAGACCACCACCCCCGAGGGAGAGGUGAUCCCCAUCCACCAGAUCGACCUGCAGACGGAGAGCGCGCUGGCCAGCAACACCCUCUUCCUGCUGGCGCCACUCAUCAUCUGGCACACCAUCGACAAGAACAGCCCGCUGUACGACCUGUCGGCCAUGGAGCUGCAGUGCAGCGACCUGGAGGUGAUCGUGAUCCUGGAGGGCGUGGUGGAGACCACGGGCAUCACCACGCAGGCCCGCACCUCCUACAUCUCGGACGAGAUCCAGUGGGGCCACCGCUUUGUGCCCAUCGUCAACGAGGAGGAGGGCGUCUACUCCGUGGACUACUCCAAGUUCGGCAACACCGUCAAGGUGGCGACGCCGCGCUGCAGCGCCAGAGAGCUGGACGAGAAGCCGUCCAUCCUCAUCCAGACGCUGCAGAAGAGCGAGCUGUCGCACCAGAACUCCCUGCGCAAGCGCAACUCCAUGCGCCGCAACAACUCCAUGCGCCAGGGCGCCGCCGGCAGCGGCAACGUGCGCAGGAACAACACGGCCCUCGCCAUCCCCAAGGUGCAGUUCCUCACGCCGACAGACGGGGGCGCCAGCCUGGUCACCUGACACAACGCACGCGGAGCCCCCCCCCCUCCGACUCUCCCCGAUGGCUCGCUCGGAAUGGAGUGUCACCCUGUGCUUUUGUCGUUCACGAUGUGUGGUGUUAUAGCUGAUGAUAGCACUGUGUUGUUAGGGUUUAGUUUUUCUCUACUUUGUUUCUGUAUUAAAGUAUUUUCGGAUACGUUUUUUGAGGAA